UGAUUCUUGAUUAGCUGACAAAGCACAACUUCCAAUCAUUUUUUACUUUAAUCGGUGUUCAGUAAUGUGGAAAUCUAUGUUUUUUCUCAUAAUAUUGAAAAGAGAUUAUCAAUAUUAAGAAGUCAAGGUUGAGUUUCAGUUUUAUAGUUUUUUUAAUUGUGAUUACCAAAAGUAACAACCGGCAAAAGAGAAACAUGCUCCCAAUUAUUGUAGAAAAUGAAAAUGAAGUUAUACAAAAAUUAGCGACAGAAAUUGAAAAGUACGCUAAUUCUGCCAUUGAAACCAAUGAUGUUUUUCGAAUUGGAUUAUCAGGUGGAUCAUUAGUUAAAUAUUUAACAAUUGGUAUUCCAGCCAUUCAAACAAAUUGGAAAAAAUGGCGUUUGUUUUUUUGUGACGAAAGAUAUGUAGAAGAAUCAAAUCCAGAAUCAACAUUUGGUUUAUAUAAACAAAGUUUACUUUUAAAAACUGAUUUAGAAGAAUCGCAAUUUAUUAAAAUUAACUUAUCGCUGCCAUUAGAACAAUGUGCAGAAGAUUAUGAAAAAAAGAUAUUAAAAGAAUUCAACUUAACAGAAAGUGAAAACAUUCCAGAAUUUGAUUUGUUAUUACUUGGGAUGGGACCGGACGGACACACAUGUUCAUUAUUUCCCGGUCAUAAAUUAUUAAACGAAUCAAAAAAACUAAUAGCUGCCAUCGACGAUUCGCCUAAACCACCACCGAAAAGGGUAACAAUGACAUUUCGACUUAUAAAUAAUGCCAAAAACUGCAUAUUUGCAAUGUCAGGAGAUGGAAAAGCUGAAAUAGUUAAAAAAGUGUUUAUUGAGAAGGAAAAUUUGCCAGCUGGUAUGGUCAAUCCAAAUGGUGAUAAUCUCAUUGUUAUAUUAGAUAAGCAUGCUGGAAUUCAUUUUCUUUAAUGAAAAUAAAUUUCAGCCAAUAUUAUUUUGUUUUUGGAUAUGUAUAUUUUAUCUUUGCGUUUUACUUUUUAAUCUGUUUUCCUUUUGUGAAAUCAUGAAUAAUAGGGAUUAUUUGGUAGCAUUGUUAGACUAAAAAUUUGAUAUUUUUAUAAUGAAAUAUUUUUGUAAGAUAAAUUUAAUGAAAAUUAUAUGAAAGUUUUUUGUUCGAA